AUGGAAGAGACAAGAAAUCUUGUCCCACUUGCUUCUGCCCCGGCAAAGCCCCUCCCUCUUGACGCGCACAAUGGCUCCUGCGAAUGGGCCUCGUCAACCCCGAUCCGCUUCAACUGUCAAGCCUGUGUGCGCAAGAAGAUCAAAUGCAACCGCGCGGUGCCCAAGUGUGCCAACUGCAUCAAGGCCAGGCUCGAGUGUGUCUAUCAGCAACCACCGCCACGGCGCAAGAGGAACCGUAGCCGGGGCGAGGAAGAUAUACAUGAACGUCUGGCACGUUACGAGCGCAUCUUGCACGACCACAAUCUUCUUCCAAUAGCCAAUCCCUCGAUUACUAGCGGAAGGGACCUGGAGGCCUCAGCAAAUAGUAUACAGGCACCGACUCCGGGGACAGCGAACUCGCAGGCUGACGCUGCAGCGGAUAAACUGCUUCCCAACUAUGGCAAUUCUCGCUACAUUGACGAUGUUCUGCUCCUCGACGCUGGCGAAGGUGACCUAGGUGAGUUGUCCGAGUCCGAGCAACAAACUCAUAUUGAAGAUGAGCUUGGUCCCGACAAAGCCACUCCAACUGGUCUUCUUGGUGCCCUCGCGGCGCAAUCCAUCUCGGACGCAAGUAUGAGAAGCACGAUAAGCCUCACCCACCUUCACCCUAGCUACGAGCAUGCGACCAAGCUUUGGUAUGCCUACGUGGAGAACGUCGAGCCUCUUUGCAAGAUUCUUCAUGUUCCGACAGUCGCCAAGGUAGUUGAAACCGUCUCCAAGCACCCAGCGACUGCCUCCAAGAACGAUGAAUGCUUGCUGUUUGCCAUCUAUCAUUUCGCCGUAUUCUCAAUGUCCGACGACGAGUGUUCACAUGAACUCCAUAUUUCCAGAGCCCACUUGAUGCGCAAAUAUCGAACGGCAGUCACUCAGGCAUUGGUAAAUGCGUCUUGGCUCAAGACGACCUCGUUACCGGUUUUACAGGCCUACACUCUUUUCCUUAUCUCCUUGCGCACUCAAAUCGAUUCUCAUACCUUCUGGAUUCUGACUGGUAUUGGAAUUCGCCUGGCCCAACGCACAGGACUGCACCGAGACGGCGAGAGCAUCGGUUUACCCCCAUUUGAGGUCCAGAUACGCCGGCGGCUCUUCUGGCAACUGCUACCUCUGGACAGUUAUGCAGGUCAAACCUCCGGCACGGGUAUAUCCAUCUCACCCGGCAGCUGGGAUACUAAGCUACCGCUAAACAUUAACGAUGAUCAGAUCUUCCCCGGCAUGACCCAGCCGCCUCAUGACCAACGGGGGGCAUCGGAGAUGAUCUUUUGCUUGGCCCGGAUGGAGCUGUCAAAUUUCUACACUCGAACCGGGUUCCGCACCCCAGAGGAGAUCGAGCGACUGAUCGAUGAGGUGGAAGACCUCAUCGAAAAGAAGUUCUUACGGUACUGCGACAUCUUGAGCCCUUUGCACUUUCUGACUAGCGGCGUUAUGCGAUCCGCCAUCAGUGCUGUCCGGUUACGCGCGCGGAUGCCGCUGCUCAAGCAAGAAACCAUAACCGACACACAGCAGAGACAACUCUGCAGCCUUGCUGAAAAGGUCCUCGACACCAGAAAUGCCAUGUAUAGUAAUCCCGCAACCCAGAAGUUUCGCUGGCAACUGCAAGCGUUUUUUGUGUGGGAUUCCCUCCUUUGCAUUCUGAGAAGCAUUGCAAAGGUUGGGUUUUAUUCACCAUCAGAGCUCGAUGCUGCCUGGAAAAGGGUUUCAGAGGUCUACGAGAAUCACGAAGCACUGAGUCAGGGCCGAAGGACCUUGUAUGCUACGAUUGGCAAGGCCGCUUUGAAGGCCUGGCUACUGAAUCCGCCGCGUAAUUCAUCUCCCGAGCCGGGUUUCAUUGCUACGCUGCGCGCUCAACACAAACCCAAAGAUACCGAUCGGCGAGAUGACAGCGUAUUUGCUGCAGACCAAGCUACAGAUGGGGCCUUUUCCUUCGAUGAGCUUUUCGACGAUAUGAGCACGGCCGACCCAACCGUGAACAAUGCUUUCAAUCUCAACUCUUCUUCCGAUUGGCUACUUUGGGACCAGAUGUACGGAGAAGUCAAUCUGGGCUGA